AUGCCCACUUCCGUGCCCAUCCCUACAGAUGUGAUCAACUGGGAGAUUCUCAGUGAGAUCGUGUCCAUGGACGAGGACAAUCCCGACUUUUCCAAAGAGCUCAUUAUCCAGUACAUCGACCAGGCUGAAACCACGUUCGCGCACAUCGAGGCCGAGCUCGACGGCAGCUGCGAUCUCACGCAGCUUGCGUCUCUAGGCCACUUUUUGCGCGGCUCGUCCGCCGCGCUUGGGUUGCAGCGCAUCGCGUGGGCGUGCGAGCGUAUCCAGAACUAUGGCCGCAAGCGCGAGGGCGUGGUGUCGGGCCAGGAGGACGACGCGCAUUUCGCCGGUCUGAUCCGCCAGACUCUUGAGCAGGCGCGUCUCGAGUUCGCGGCUGUGCGCCGCGAGCUGUCCAAGUUCUACCACACGCAACUCUAG